CCACUUGUAAUUUUUUUGGUUAUAGGAAAACGUCAACAUCUGACAGUUGUGUGGUUGUUAUUAGAUCAACUCGCCUUCGUCAAUGGAAAAAUAAAUAGUUUUAGCAUUGAAGUGAAUUUGGUAAUCAGUUUAGUGAAAAAAUAAAAUUGUUUGUUAUGGCAUCCUCAGAAGUGUAUAACGACCUAACAUUGCAUAUAACAGCUGAAAAGUUCUACAUACAACCAAAAAAUGGUUCUGAGUUAUUGAUAAUAGACAGGCCAUCUCAACAUAUAACUAUUCAAAAGAAUCAGGGACAAAUUCCUAGUCAUUCUACAAGAAAAGAGUUUUGUGGCCUUUUGGGAGCUAUCAAUCUCAUUGCAGGAUGUUAUCUAGUUAUUGUAACACAAAGAGAACUAGUGGGCUAUGUAGCAGGGCAUCCAAUCUGGAGAUUGGUUAAAACUGAACUUGUUCCAUAUGUCCGCAGUAUGUUGCAUUUAAAACCAGAGCAACAGAGAGAUAAUAAUAUUUAUCUCAAUAUGGUGGAACAUGUGCUAUCAACGCCUUUUUUCUAUUUCAGCUACACCUAUGAUAUAACACAUACAAUCCAGAGAUUGCACGACAUUAAUCCAGACUUUUGGCAGCAGUCAAUAGUGGAAAGAGCUGAUCCUCGUUUUGUAUGGAAUAAUAACCUCCUAAAUCCAUUCAGAAGCGUUCCUGCAAAAAGGUUCUGUUUGCCCUUGUUACAUGGUUUUAUCUCCAUAAAUCAGUGUGUUAUCAAUGGUAAUGGAUUUACAUGGUCUAUCAUUUCAAGGAGAAGUAUCUUAAGGGCUGGAACUAGAUGGUUCAGGAGAGGGGUAGAUAGGGAUGGUAACGUAGCUAAUUUUGUUGAAACAGAGCAGAUAGUAGAGUUCCAAGGAGAUAGGGCUAGUUUUGUUCAGAUAAGAGGGUCUAUUCCAUUGUUUUGGCAGCAAAGUCCAGAUCUUAGAUAUAAACCACCUCCAACAUUAUUGGAUAUUGACCCCAAUGAGCAUCAUUCAGCAUGUUUGAAACAUUUAGAAGACACAGCUACCUUAUAUGGAAAACAGGUGCUGGUUAACCUUGUUGAUCAGAAAGGUGCUGAGGGUAGAUUGGAACAAGCUUUUAGAGAUGCAGUGACUAGUAUUUCAUAUCCAGGUGUGAAAUAUGAACCAUUUGAUUUUCAUGCUGAGUGUAGAAAGAUGAGAUGGGACAGGCUCUCAAUUCUAAUAGAUAGAGUGGCUCUAGAUCAGGAUGAAAUGGGAUUUUUCCUUAUGUUACGCGAUGGAACUUUGAGUUCAUUACAAGAGGGAGUAUUCAGGACAAACUGUAUAGAUUGUCUGGAUAGAACAAAUGUUGUCCAGAGCAUGUUAGCUCACAGAAAUUUGGAAAUUGUGUUGAAGAAAUUGAACAUUUUGCAACCGAAUCAACAGCUGGAACAUCAAAUUUCAUUUGAAGUACUUUUCAAGAAUGUUUGGGCAGAUAACGCGGACGUGAUAAGUAUUGAAUACAGUGGUACUGGGGCACUGAAAACUGAUUUUACGAGGACCGGCAAGAGGUCAAAAGUUGGCCUCCUUAAAGAUGGGUUGAAUUCUCUUCAAAGAUAUUACAAAAAUAAUUUGAUGGAUGGAUUCAGACAAGAUGCAAUAGAUUUAUUUUUAGGCAGUGGGAAGCUGGUCUCUCCUCUUACUGUAGACAAAGGAUGGCGAUAUGUAACAUUUCCUUCAGUGCUGCUGAUGGCUAUAACCAUGUUUGUUGCUUCAGUAAUUUUUCCGCUAGAGUACUCCACAGAGAACUUAUUAUAUCUGCUCUUCUGGGGUAGUAUGGUGAUUGCAAUUACCCUAAAUAUACUCAGGCAUGGAGUCGAAUUUGUGGAUAAACCAAGGCUUACGCAGAGUUAGAGUCAAAUUAUGUCUAGUCAGUUACUGGGUGAGUCCAAAAUAGCAGUCAGUUGUAUUUGGGUCUAUUGUUAAUAUAAUUUUUCAAUUAAUGUAGACAUUUCUAUUUACAGUGAUUACGUAGGAAAAUUGAGAUAAGGGAUUCUAAAGGAAAUUUUGUCUAUGAUAUUUUAAAUUGAAUAUACUUUUUUCUAUAUUGUGCUUUUUAGCUGUACUAUUUGUAUAUAAUAGAUACUAUUUUAACAC